CUGGCUGGUCCUUUGUUGCAAUUAAAAAGUUGGCUGUGGGAGUCUCCACACUCCAAACAUAUUUCAGUAACACACACUGCAAAAUGUCAUAACUGCACAUACAAGGACAGCACAGACAAUCCAACAGGAUAUUAAUGUUCAACAGAUCAAGACUUCUAAAAAGAUACCUCACAAGGCAUACUUUGUACAAAACAUGUCAUACUUAUAUGCCAGUGGUAAAUAUGGGGGUUCCAGGGUGGUUCUCUGAGGUACAGCGUAUUACAUAUGCCUAACACAAGCAUUGCAAAAUCCGGAAAUUCACAGUUAAAGGCUGUUUGGAUUUUUUAAUAUUGCAUUUCCAUACCUUAUAGCAGCGGUUCUCAAACUGUGGGUUGGGACCCCAAAGUGGGUCAUGACCCUUUUUUAAUGGGGUCGCCAGGGCUGGCUUUAGACUUGCUGGGGCCUGGGGAUGAAGUCAAAAGUCUGAGCUCCGCUGCCCAGGACUGUAGCCAAAGCCUGACGGCUUCAGCCUUGGGCAGUGGGGCUAAGGUUACAGUCUCCACUUGCGCAGGGAUGAAGCCAUUAAGCUUCAGCUUUGCGCCCCUGCCCAAGAGGGGGUGGGGCUCGGGCUUCAGCUUUGGUCCCCCUCCCUGGGGUGGAGGGGCUCGGUCUUUGGGGUCUCCUCCUUCCUGGGGUUGGGUAGUAAUAAUCAUUGGCAGAAGGGGCUCGUGAUGCAAUAAAGUUUGAGCGACCCUGCCUUAUAGCAUGGAAAAAGGACCAUCGAUCCUAAACAUUUCUUUAAAAAACCUACCCAUUGCACCACAUCUAUUAAAGAGUUGCUUCUUUGCCACUUUUCGCUUAGCUUGACAGUGUCUGAGACAAGAUCAUUCAGGACAAAAAAAGAUCUCACACUCUUAUUAACGGACCCUUUAAAAUUACUUUUAACUCGGACAGAUUUACAUGUAAAAUUUCAGAAAAAUACAUUCAUAAUUCAAAGAGUAAGUGGUGCAAUGGGGAGGAAAAUAAAGUGUAUUCUUCACGCACAAUAAAAUGGUUGAAUCCCUGUUCUAAGUGCAAAACUCAAAUCAGCUUUAACUGUGGAGCCAUGAUGGAUGCCUACAUAAUUAACAAAAUAGAAACGUUUCACUCAGAUACACAGACAUGAAGCAUCUCUUUGUGUCCAUCAACGCACUCUCUGAUCCCCUUAUAGUUCCCUGUCUUGUUUGUCAGCUCCAUAACUUCCUGUUAUUGAAUGCUUCAAAAAGUUACCAACUCCUCCUGCAUUCCUUUUUGUCCAGUAUUUCUAAUUCCACUAUUAAUCACUUUAACUCAGACACUUUUUGGAACCAAAGCCAGGAAUCUGGACUUUUUUCCUCCCACAGCUUCCUCAUCUGUAAAUCUGCUCAUCAUGAUCUCUGCAAUAUUACCAGAAUUCAUCCUUACCUUGACCCUUGCUCUGUUGAAAUACUUUGUCAUUGCUUAAUCACUUGUUGAUUAGUUUCCUGUUAUUCCUUCUUUUAUGGUUGUUCUAAAUCCUUAGGGCCAGUUUGUGAUCUCACUCAUAGCAAUUUAAAUAGGAGUAUCUUCAUUGACAUCACCAGUGUCACUCCAGAGAGGAGAAUUCAUGCCCUUUACUUCUUAAAUUUGAAAGUGUCCAGACAGCUGUAGCCAGAUUUGCUCUAGCAUGCAGGAACCUAGCUGUCUAUUUUAAUGCACUCAUCACAAUUGUGUCUGAGAGCCAAAUAACUCUCUUCUCACCCAUCCUCCAUCACCUUGCCUUCCUAUGAAGUCUCUGAAUCAAAUUUAACUUUUUCUUCCUGAUUUUUAAAACUCUCCAUGGACUCUACUUCACCCUAUAUUGCUGACUUCAUAUCUCUCUGCUCACUAUACAUUCACCUCCUCCUUUGCCAUCUGUCUCCUCUUCCCCUAGUGAUUUCUGAGUUUCAAAUCUUAUUUUAAAAAAAUUCCCAUUUGCUUUUGUGCUUGAUGAACCCUGCACUACCCUCCCCAUUGUUGGGUUCAUCUGCUUUCCGUCAUACUGUGACAUGGUGUAUAAAGCCCACCCACCCCAGUAAAAAAUUUGGUUAAAGGGCUACUGUGGGCAAGGUUGACCCCGCCUCUCUAGCCCUGUCAAUCAUGUCAGGGGUGGAAUAACAGUUUAAAAGCCGGUUGUUCCAGACAGUUGUUGGGCAGCUCUGGGAGAAAACAGACAGCAGCUCCUAAGAGGGGCUCCUGGAAGGCUUCACAGAAACUGCCCUCGAGAAGCUCACCCACUGAUUUUCCCUGUACCUACAAGCAGACAACAGAUGCUGAUAUUCUGGACAGGCCGGAUAGGUUCAGCAAGCCUCAGGGGAAGACUAGCUGCUAGAAAAGCGGAAAUCUUUUUGAAGAAAUGAACAGCUGAAAUGAAAACCAAAUGAUUUCAUAAGAGAAUUUCACAGGUCGAAACAUACAAUAUAUACUUCCAACAUAAACUACCCCACACCAGUGAUUUGCCACACCCUCUUUUUUGGCCUAUUGAAUUUAGAAGGCAACGAGCUAAAAUUAUAAUACUCUGUAUUAUAUUUUGAACAUCCUGUGAGAACACACUGUUGCAACUAAUGGAAGCCACUUCGAAAAGGUCCAUUCAUCUGUGCUAUGAAAAUGGUGAUUGGAUGUCACAGCUGCCAGAAAAUCUCUGGGAUGUUCCUCUCCAUUACUUAUCCCUUCCAGGGAGCCAUGACACUAUGACUUACUGUUUGGAUAAAAACUCUGAUAUAAGUGUCAAUGAAUCAAAGCUGUUGCAGGUGAUAGAUAAAUGUAUGCCCUGCAUCAUACAUCCUAUUAUUAUGAAGUGGUCUAUAACACAGGUACUAAAUGUGUCAGAACAACUGGAUGCCGGGAUUAGAUAUUUGGAUUUUAGGAUUGCUCACAAGCCUAAUGACUCUUCUGUGAAUUUGUACUUUGUGCACAUGGUAUACACAACGGCUGUAGUAGAGGAUAUUCUGUGGGAAAUUUUAAAGUGGUUGCAGGCCCAUCCUCAGGAGGUCGUUAUCCUUGCCUGCAGGAAUUUUGAUGGAUUGACCAAGGAACUUCAUCAUCAUCUUAUCUCCUGCAUAAAAAUGAUUUUUCAUUCUAAACUGUGUCCAAAAGAUGUGGUUCCAACGCUACGGAACAUGUGGACAUAUGGGUACCAGGUUAUCAUCUCCUAUGAGGAUGUGAAUGAAGUAAUGAAGCACCGUGAACUAUGGCCUGCAAUUCCAUAUUGGUGGGGAAACAAGACUGCAACCCAAGAUCUUAUCCAGUAUCUGGAAUCUAUGAAAAAGAAUGGGCGCCCAGACUGUUUCUUUGUUGCAGGGAUUAACCUUACUGAAAACUUAGAGUACAUUCUGGAACAUCCAUUUGGAUCCUUGAAGAAAAUGGCCCUUUCUAGCCUUCCAGUCUUGAAACUCUGGAUAAAGCAACAGUAUCCAGGACCAAAGAGGGAAUGUAUCAACAUCAUUGCUGGAGACUUCAUAGGAAAUCAUGAUUUUGUGAAUGAUGUGAUAGAACUUAACAAAAAAAUCAUCCCUCCAUUACAUUACUAUGGUAAUGAGACUGAAUUAAAGGAUGUUUCAAGACUUUCAGCUUCAUAACCUUGGUAUGAUUGAGUAGCUUUUGAUCAUCUCUCACAGGAAAGGCAAUUUUCCUGGUUCAGAUACAUCAUAUGUGUACAUAAAUGAUGUUUCUUCCUCCCAGGUAUGUUGUGAAGAUUCAUUAGUUGACACUUUUGUACCAAAAUCAGACUUUAAAAUACACAAUGCUUAUGGCAAGCAAAACUGCCUAUAACUAGGGGAGGAAGAAGAGCAAGAAGGCUUCUCCUUAAGUUCGCUAGAGCCCUUGCCACGUAGGUGUAAUUUAGCUGGGAAGAGCAUAAAUAUUGCAGUAACUGGUGUUAGAGAAUAUCCUAAGAACGUUACUCAUCUUUGCAAAACAGAGAAAAUAAAUUUGUUUACUAUUGAUUUUUUUCUUUAAAUAUAUUCUUAAUGCAAAUAGUUUCGUUAUUUCAAUAAAAAAUGUUAGUUAUGGAUUUAAAUAUUUGUUUGUGUGUGUGUGUGCGCGCAUUUGUAACCUAAACAUCUCAGUAUGUGCACCAGUGAAACUGAUUACACCUCUACCUCGAUAUAACGUGACCUGAUAUAACACGAAUUUGGAUAUAAUGCGGUAAAGCAGUGCUCCGGGGGGCGGGGGCAGGGCUGCGCACUCCAGUGGAUCAAAGCAAGUUCAAUAUAAUGCGGUUUCACCUAUAACGCGGUAAGAUUUUUUGGCUUCUGAGGACAGCGUUCUAUCGAGGUAGAGGUGUAGUUUGUUUUCAUGGGCCAAGGUGAGUGAAAUGUUAAAAGUACACAACAUAAUUAGCAAACAGAAAAUUAGAUUUUUAGAAUUCAUUGUUUUGAUAAUCUAAAGCAUUAUUACUAUGCCUGUAAGUAAAUUUAUCAAAACUGACAGUGUUCUUAAAGAAUCUUGGCAUUAUUCUGGAAUAUGUCAAGUUGGUCAUCAGGUGGGCAUUUUGGCAUCUUGGAGGGAAAUGGCAAUACUGUACCCAAGAGGGUACUGAACUGAUCCUUUAGUGUCUGUCUUACACCCUGGUAAGUUUAUUAUUACAAUGUUCAUCAGCAGUCUCUAUGCUAACAUACUACUGUUUACUACAUAUUCCGAAGGCCUGAUAUUGCCCCCAUUUUAUAGUCAAGCCAAUCCUGACUUCAAGGUAGCACAACUGGGCCCUCUGAGUAGACUUUUGCCCAUUGAGCUUGAAAUGUCUUCAAUGAAGGGGCUGUUAUGUAGUGCCCAGUAAAAGACAAGCAAAUUUUUUUUAAAUGUUUUUCACACUUCAAUUGAACUAGAAUAUGCUAUGGACUAAAGGCUACUUUAAUUUACACUGAUGUAAAUCUAGAGUAUCUUUAAUAGAGUUCCAAAUUCAUAGGACUGGACGUGACCACCUGGGUCAUCAAGUCCAGUCCCCUACUAUUGUAGGCAACCCUUUCAUAAACAUAUCAUGCUCCAUUUUAAAACUAGUUGUUUCCCCCACUACCCCAGCUGAAGACUGUUCAAGAACCUCACUCCUUUGAUGGUCAGAAAUCUUCCAAUUUCCAGCCUAAAUUAUGCUCUAGAUUAAUAUUUAUAUAACUGAAAACAGACUUUUCCCCCUCUUACUUAACAAAAUAGCAACUAAAGCAGAUACCGGAUAGCUGGACUUACUUCUACAUUGCAAAUCAUGGGUUUUAUGCCAUGCACUGAUUGUUAAUACUAUUUUUCUGUUUUAGUUUUUGGAUAAAGUAGGUGCAUUUUUAUUGAUCAUGAAAGUGAGGACCAAUCAUUGGCAAGAGCCAUGAACAGAGGAGGCAGGUGUUGUAUAAACUUCAUUGUGUAGCAUAAGCUUUAUUGUGCAGCUCUGUCAGUAUACCUCAUUCUUUAGAUGAGCAACACACUUUUUAUACCAGUGGUGGGUUGUUAAGAUGAACAAACAUCCACUAGAGACGAGACUGAACUCAAAUGUUAUUUGACCCCAAAUCAUAUUUGAGUUCCAGAAAUAAAUGGCAAAGAAAUUGCCUCUUUGUGAAACUUCACACUGAUUUUUGGGUGGUGUGUCAAUGGAAACCCCAACAUUGUUUAAAAACAAUUCUGCCAGUCUGUCAUGGCAUUUCUUAUCCAUGUUCUCUCUGUUUACUGUUAGUAUAUAGCAGUGAGGUAUUUUGUUGGAUUUAUAAAAGUGUAUAUAGAUUUUUUCAAUGUGUCAUUUGCAUAAAAUGCUGUAUUACAUGUAUUUAGAUGUUUUUCUGCACAGUAUUCUCUUACCCAGUAAACAAACUUUUAUUCACUUCUAUGAUA